AUCGCGCCGACGCCCUCGCCCCUCCCCGCGACGACGCCCACCGAAUUCGAACGCGAAUAAGAAUAGUCCCAUCUGAGCCGAAUUCGAAUUCGAUCAGGGCACUAUUCGUUCAAAUUCGAUUCGUUUCCACCCCUAGUCGGAUUGAGCUUUAAAUCACAUCGACUCAAAAACAUCGAUCUCCUCGUCUUUUGCCAGCCGCUCGAAAAACCCUAACCCUAGUUUUCUCCUCGACAGCGAGCGGCCAUGGCGGGAGGUAAGAUGAAGAAGACGAGACCUCAUCCGUCUCAAGUGCACAGCCACUUCUCAGGAGGGAUCCCCUUCGAGAAAUCGAAAGGGCAGCACAUCUUGAAGAACCCGAUGCUCGUCCAGACCAUCGUCGAGAAAUCCGGAAUCAAGCCCACCGACGUCGUUCUCGAGAUCGGUCCAGGUACCGGUAACCUCACCAAGAAGCUUCUAGAAGCCGCCAAGUCUGUCAUCGCCGUUGAGCUCGAUCAUCGCAUGGUGCUCGAGCUCAACCGAAGGUUUCAGGGAACUCCUUAUUCUAGUCGCCUCAAGGUAAUUCAAGGAGAUGUGCUCAAGUGUGAUCUCCCCUACUUUGACAUUUGUGUGGCCAACAUUCCAUAUCAAAUCUCAUCUCCCCUCACUUUCAAGCUUCUGUCACACCGGCCAGCCUUCCGGUGUGCUGUUAUAAUGUACCAGCGUGAGUUUGCUAUGAGGCUUGUCGCUAACCCUGGGGAUACUCUCUACUGUCGCCUUUCAGUCAACACCCAACUUCUUGCUCGUGUCAACCAUCUACUCAAAGUUGGUCGGAACAAUUUCAGACCCCCACCCAAAGUCGAUUCCUCUGUGGUGCGCAUAGAACCAAGGAGACCAUUGCCACCUGUAAGCUUCAAGGAGUGGGAUGGGCUUAUACGCCUUUGUUUCAAUAGAAAGAAUAAGACUUUGGGUUCAAUCUUUAGGCAAAAGAGUGUUCUCUCUUUGCUAGAAAAGAACUAUAAAACUCUACAAGCUUUGCAGAACUCUCAGAAUGGGCAGAUGGAGGAGGAUAAGAUUGUUUCUGAUGAUGUGGAUGCUUUGGCAAGCAUGGUUGAGGAUUUGAGUAUGGAAGUUGGUGGUGGGAAGGAUGAUGAUGAUGAGAUGGAUAUGGAAGACACUGAUAUGCCUGGGGCAGAAAAGUCAGCUUUCAAGGCGAAAGUAUUGGAAAUAUUGAGCCAAGGUGAUUUUGCUGAGAAGAGGGCUGCAAAGCUCUCACAAGUGGAUUUCUUGUAUCUUCUCUCGCUGUUCAACAAGGCUGGUAUUCAUUUUUCAUGAUUGAUAUUGAGGCUUAUGGCAUAGUCUUCCAACAGUACCCACAAUCAAUUUUGUAUUUUUUAUAUAUAUUAUGCUGUUAAACUUUAGUUGUUUUGGGUUGUUUCCUAACAUUUAGUAGUAACUUUUAAUGUGUUAUGGAAGAAAUUCGUAAUUGUUGAUUGUUUAACUUGGUUUGUGGUAACCAUGUUCAUUAGAUUUCUUGGGGUUUGCUGAAUGAGCGCAUGUCAUCUGAGACAAGCAUUGAAGAGUAAUAUUCAACUGAAAACGAAGGAGAGCGACGGAAACAUUCGCCCGACGCUUACCCCGAUCUCUCCUCCAGAGAUCCUCGUCGCCUUGCUCUUUCGUCUCCAGAGAUCCUCGUCGCCUUGCUCGUCGCCUCCAGAGAUCCUCUCUCUCUCUCUCUCGAUCAAACCCUAGUUCGACGCCAACCAAACAAGGGUUUCUCCAAUCGAGCUCUCGUCAGCUUGACGCCGACCAAACACGGGGUAAGAUCCCAAGGUUGUCUUUGGUGAUAUCUUUGAUCUUUUCGGAACCGCUCCAGAUUCAACUGCAGGUUUCUCUUGGAUCUCUCUGUCAACAUGAAUACAAAUUCAUCCGAGGCCACAACUCUCCUUGCCGACGAGGAACGUCGACGAGUCGUCGCCCGCGUCGUCGAAGCGGAGCUCCACUUUCCUCAACGUCGUCGCUAGCUCUCGGCAACGUCUUUGAUAGGGCAUCCGGUGCUGCCGACAGGGGAGAAUGGGGCGACGAGGGCGUCGAUCAGUAUUGACUUGCAGAGAGAUGGGUCGCUGGGCAGUAAAGCGAUUAUAUUGCAGAUUGUUAACAAAUCUCAGCAGGUUUCAGUGAGUGCUCUUAGGCAUUCUCUGCAAGAUAGGUUGAGCAAGGGGAGCAGGGGUCAAGGAGAUGAGAUAUAUUUAAAAUUCCGCACCAGUACAGGUUUGUUUGCCCAUUAUCUAUUUUAAUGGGGUUUUUACUUGAUUAAUUGGGUCCCUGUGAUGUGUUUGAUUUGCCUUUUUUUAAAACCUUAAUCAUGCAACUUUUCAAUCCCCUCUGAUUUUCGGAACUCUCUAUUUUAUGUGUUAAAUCUUAUUUUUCCCCCCCCUGAAGCCCCAUGAAUAAUUUGUUAAUAAUUCAUUUAUUUAGGAGUCCUGUACAGUGUAAAUCUUGUAAAUGUGUGUGCACAUUUGUGUUUGUGUUUUUCACAUAUACAUGUGCUUUCUUGUGUGCAUAAAAUUCAUCACCUAAACACUUUGAACUCUAAUAGUGGUAACGGGUGAGUGGCGCAUUACAAGCAAUCGAUUAAAAAGGUAUUGUGACGAUGCUUACAUAUUUUUCUACUUCUUUUUGAGCCAAGAAACCAUGCUUACAUAUUUUUCUUAUGUCCGAGGGUGAAAUCGUGAGGGAUGGUAACUAGCACGACUGAAGGUUUUAGUAGUUCAAAUACUGUCCCUACCACUAAUUAGUUUAUAUAUUUGUAACAAAUUGGUGUCUCCCUUGACUGCAUUCACUGUUAACUGUUUAUGGUAUUUAUACUUCAGCAUGUAAGAAGAGCUGAUGAACUUUUUGAGGACUGCAACUGUUUAGGAGUCCUGUUUCCUUUGUGGCAUCUACGUUUUGCUUUGUUUUGUUUUUACAGCUUUCCUGAUGUAUCAAUGUAUGCAAGAGUUCACGCAGUAGAAGUAUUCAGUUGAUCAAUGCCACAACUGUUUUGAAUGCCCCUCUUGAUGCUGCAAGUAAACAGCUCUCAUUACUGGUGUCAUUGGAGUUACUUUUUGCCAUUUCAGAUCUGUUGUGUGCGCCAGGUUUUGAUUCUUAUCAUUUGGAGCUUCCGAUGCUGUGGAGGUUUUCUGUGUUCCAAAAGUGUAGGCAGUUCGGACAUUUCAUCCACCACGAUAGGAGAAUAAAUUGGAUUCUUAAUGUAUAUUUGAUUCUUCUCAUUGUCAUGCGACUGAUUUUGUAAUGCUAAUACAGCCAUAAUGACGCUACUUGCUGUAUUUUCUGUGAACGUGUAUCAUUCGGAUUGUGCGUUCGUUUGCAUUUUUUUUGUGAAUAUGUAUCAUUCGAAUUGCACGUA